AUGAAGACCGGGAGCAAGAGUAAGGGGGCUGUGAAAAAGGAAACUAAAGAAGCACUGAAGCCCGUUGAUGACCGUAAGGUUGGGAAAAAAAAGGCUACCCCUGCAAAGACAGUUAAGAAGAAGGCUAAUAAGCAAACCAAGGGCAAGAAAGACCCAAACAAGCCCAAAAGGCCCCCGAGUGCUUUCUUUGUGUUCCUGGAGGAGUUUAGGGGAACUUUCAAGAAGGAAAACCCGCAUAUUAAAGCCGUCUCGGCUGUUGGUAAAGCUGGUGGAGAGAAGUGGAAAUCGUUAAGUGCAGCUGAAAAGGCUCCUUAUGAGGCUAAAGCAGCGAAGAAGAAAGCCGAGUAUGAAAAACUCAUGAAUGCCUACAACAAGAAGGAGGAGAGCUCUGCUGAUGAGAGUGGCGAAGGUUCUGAGAAGUCAACCUCGGAAAUUCACGAUGAUGAUGAGGGGAGUGUGCAGAAGGCAGGUGAUGAUGAUGUCGACGAAGAUGAGGAUGAUGACGAGGACAGUGAUGAUGAGGAUGAAUGA